AUGCAGAGAAAAGAAGCAGACUCAUCGGCCUCAGACGUCAGCGCCUUGGGCCACAGUAACGACAGCAACAAGAGCAAAAUUAUUGCCAUCGGCGCCGCUAAAGUCUUUAACAGGAUCAUUCUCAAGUCACGGCCAUCUACAAUUAAGACCACAGGUGAGGAAGUCUCAGCGAGAUUUCAAAUAGUGCACCUGCCUGAUAGGUCACCGGUGACGAUGUCUCUGUCCGAAAUUCCGACAACGAAUGAAGAGUACGAUGCGGCGAUCUCACGUAUGAAAGCACAGACAAAAUUACGUGGAGAACUUGCCUCGGUUGAGCAUAAAGGCAUUACGGCCAGUGGUAUCAAGGGGACGCAGCAACUCCCUCCGAGUAAAAGGUACGUCGUGGAAGGAAUUGGACAGCUGAAUCCAGAGCCACUAAGCAGGAAGGACGGAACUGGAGACUUGAAUGGAUCCAUGGACGUGACUGAUGAACGUGAUAGCAGCUUGGUACCACGAACAGUAGUUGCAACUUCAGGCUCGACGACGACGUUGCUAGGCCGUAUGGGCGCGGGUCCACUGGAGAAACCGCGGAGAGGGCUCAACACACCAGAACGAAAGCCAUCCGUGAGGGUCUACGACAAGGUCAGACCUAAUUAUGCGCGACGAGUUGCGAGCGAUGGGGUGCCCCCUCGGCCACUCUCCGAACGCGCCUUGCUUUCUUCCGGCAUGCACACCAGACCGAGCCCUCGGGCGCCGCAUGGGAGCGCAAGCACGCCAAAUACACAUAUGGUUCUACCCGCUCUCGGCAACAUUAUUUCCAGGAAGGAAGAUGGCCAUGCAAAGAACAACUCUGAUGAGAAGAGGAGUAAUAGCAGACCUCUUCGCCAGCGUGGCGUCGACCGCGCGGUGGCUAGUUCUGGCGAGAACAACGAUAGCAAUGAUGAACCUUCCAGACUUGUAGUGCCGUCGGCCAAGCAUAUACUAGCCUCAAGGGAGACGAAGAGCGUCCAAAGCACGGGCGACAACGCUGCGCAGGCGGCCAAGAAGUCGGAGUAUGAGGAUGAUACAGAUUUUGAGGACCGCCCUCUUUUCUCGCCAGAGAAGACCGAACAUUCUCCUGUGACUCCGCCAGUGGAAGGGAAGCGCAGGCACACACGGUAUCCCAGACCCAGAGAGAGGUCAGGAAGCUGGUCACAGUUCUCAUCCGUAUCACAGCUGCAGCAACUUGCCUCCAGAUCCGCCAGCACUUCGCCCACCCCGCAUGUCGCCAUGGAACUUAAGGUGGUGCCCCCGCAAGAUAUCAAAAUCCGCACCGUAUCUUCGCCAACAAGAACCAAUGCCGCUGACGGCAGAUCAGCCCUUCAGCUUAUCCAGCAGGCCAUGAGUUCCAGGCGGUCUGCCGGUCCUGGCGGCCAGGACCGCGACGCAAUCCGUCUGGGAAAGGUGCGUUCUGGCGAGAUCAGACGUGUAGACUACCCUGAUAUCAUAAAAGCGAAGCCUCCGGCGCCCAACGGGCGAGGUGGCCAGACACAUGCAGAGGAGCAGCGCCUCCAGAGCCGCGAUAGUUUUGGGAAUUGGCUCAAGUAUUACGCGGAGGAGGGAAAGAAUAGAGAAAGAAUCAGCGCAGUUCCUGCGACGUCUGGUACUUACGACCGUGUUACCUCAAUAUAUGACAUCUACGCUUCAUUAGAGGACACUUAG